AUAAAAAACGGUAUAGCCAGGCGUUUCAGCGGUACAAAAUUGAGUUGGAUAUUGGGUGAUAUUGUAAAACAUGCGUGUGGCUUUUCAGAGGACGUUGAAGAGUGACCACAUUUUGUAGCGAGAUGAUCAGGUUGUUGAUGAUGUAAUGAAUCAUGUUGGGAGCGAGAAACGUAAAGGAGGAAAUCCAAGAUCUGAAAUGACUGAAAUAGAUCAUCGUGCCAAUAUUGAAGAGAGAGGAGGAAGACAGCUGGACCAGCUGAUUUGCGGGGAGUGCCGAAGCGAGUUUCGCCAGAUUUCUGAGUUCAUCCACCACAAGGCAGAACACACCACUGGCAGUGGGUCUUACCUUUGUGAAUUGUGUGGCCGAUGUUUCUUGUCUCGCACAGUGCUGGCUUACCACUACCGCAGCACACAUAAACUACAGCCUGCCGGCUCACCUUUACACAACCCUCCUCGUUGUGAGGAUGUGGUAGCCACACAGGAUGCAGCAUCAGAAAAUGACUGUCUGGGUUUACUGUUAGUUUUGGAACCGGAAACAAGAGGCCCUUUGGAUAACCAAGAUGGAAAAUGUGUUGACAUUGAAAGCUUGGCAGUCCCAGAAAGUGGUGCCCUUCCCAAGAAUACUUCUUCAGGUGGAUUUGACUGUCCAGUUUGUGGAAAGGUGUUUCAGAAGCACCGUUUCCUGCAGAGGCACAGCGAGACCCACCGGCCCAGAAGGGACUUCCUGUGUGAGCGCUGCGGAAAAACAUUUGCCUCCCGGAGCAGGCUGGUAGCUCACCGGCAGCGCCACAUGGCAGCCCCCCGGGUCUACUCCUGCCCGCAGUGUGAGUUUAGUUCAGCCCUUCCAGCCCUGGCACAGGCACACAGGCAGCUCCAUGCAGUCGGCUGCCAACGCUGCCCCCUCUGUGGGAACGUCUACACCGACCGUGCCACAUUGCGCAAGCACAUGCGUGUUCACGCCCAGGAGAGGCCAUAUGAAUGCAGUCAGCAGGGCUGUGGCUGGAGGUUCAAGACUGAAGUCAUGCUGAAGGCACAUGUCCGUGCCCACACGUCUCGAGGGGGGUUCGAGUGCCCUGACUGUGGCUACCCCUUCCGCAGGAAACACCACCUCCAGAGGCACCAGGAGAAAAUGCAUGGGGCAGCAAGAGGGAACACACGCCGACGGGCCUGGGCAGGGAAGAACCCACGAUUGGGAGAUGAGAACACUGAUGUCCUGGAUAUAGAGGGAGGCAGUCAGGCGGCUCCGCUAACACUGACGGUGGGGAGUGAGGAAACCGUUCCCCAUGCUUUGGGCUUGCAUGCCAGAAAAGAGCUUAUAUCGCAGAAGAUGUGCACAGGCAGUUUGGAAGCGCUGAUUACACCCACUGAAGACCAAGUGUUGUGAGGGCAUAAAGGAGGAGGGAGGCCCUAAUGGCCUGGCCCCGCUGAAGGGCUCACCCCACCCGCUUGAUGUUGGCGCUGCGGCGACGCCAGAAACACGA